GGUAGUAAUGAACCUGCAUCAGCUAUUUUGCGAUGUGGGCUGGACUGUGGAAGCAUGGUGAAUUGAUUUUAAGGAAGACAUGGCCCUGAAAUGUUGCUCUUGCUGCUGCUGUUUUGGUUUCUCUGCGCAUGACCUAGGGGACUGGUUCUCACCUCCUCUUGAAGAGAGGUCUGCCGCAAGAAAACAUUACCUGGGAGUGUGCGUGUUGCUGCAUUUCCUGGCAGAAACUAUGGUGUUGCUGAUUGCUUUGGGUUGGAAGGCCGGAGAGAAGAUGGAGCCAAAGCUUGGCGCUUGCUUAGGCAUUCCCGUUGCCCCUGAAGUAAUGCUGUUUAAUUUGGGCUGGGUUUUAUGUUUGUUAUUGCUAUUUGGUCUUGCUGGCAAGCUGCCCAGUACUCUUCUUGACCAUUUCGGUUGGGGUUGUUGGAAGAACCGGGACUAUCUUGGCUAUGAAGUUGUUCUUCAGGCUAACUGGGCUACUUUCUCGGGUUUCGGAGGUCGUUUUUGCUGGUUGCCUGCCUAUCUAUGUAUUGUUUCUGAACAACCGAGGGCAAUAGUAGAUGAAGGCUUGUGGGACAACGUGGUGAACUUGUGCCUCGGUAAUAAUAAUUUACAUUUUACCCUUGAAAGAGCUGAGGCGAUCGGCAUGAACAGUGUCCGGUUGUCUUCUCCGUUCAUUUUCGCGGCGAUCCUGUUGGUAAGUGUGGCUUGUCUCUCUUUGUCUUUUGCUAUGGGGAAGAAGCCUAAGAAGACGACGAAGACCCCUGCACAUUCUCCUCCUCCUACUACGACGAGGAAAAAGAGCACCAAACUUGUAGUAGAUGAUGAACUUGACGUUGUGAACACUGUGGAUGUUGGGGAGGAGUUGUCUGAUGAGGAAAAGGGUGAACCUUCGGCUCAGUCCUCUAUUGGUACCUCAAUUGAUGAAGAGGAAGUUGCUAGGGCUCUCCAAAUCUCACUAGAGCAGAACCUGGAAGCCAUCCUAACUGAUGAUGUUGAUAAUGCUAUUGCCAAUGAACAACCUCUGAACAAGGAGAUACCCCCUGACAAUGUUUCUGAUACACCAUUGGAACAACCCACCAACAUUGAGGAGAAAGAGAAGGAAAGAGCUCCUCCUGAUACUGACAAAAGUGGAGAUAAACUGAAUGAAGAUAAAGUGGAUAAGCCGGUUGAUGGAAAGAAAUCUUUUGCCUCCUUUUUUAAGAAAAACAGAGCUGAAAAUAAAGGAAUGGAACUUCACAAGGUUGUGGCUCCUAAAUGCUUUAUACCUGAAGAAGAUAUGCUGACUGUGGAAGAGAUUUGGGGACCUUGUCUGGCCAAGAAGGAAAUCAACAAUAAGAAGCUUCUUAUUAACAUCCCUCCCGAUGAUUUUAUGUGGGAUGUAAAGUCUUUCUCAACCAUGCCUGUCUGGGUUAAGCUUUGGAAUUUACCUAUGAGGUUCUGGUCUCCAAAUGCUCUAUCUCAUAUAGGGUCUCAAUUGGGCACACCCAUGUACACUGAUGGCCUCACUCACACAGUGGCAUCCAAGUUGUUUGAUGAAGAUCAGGCAGAGAAUGAUGAGCUUAAAUACCAGAGGCCUAACUACUGCAGAAUGUUGAUAAACAUGGACCUAUCCCUUAUACCUCCUACUUCUGUUGAGGUGGAUUUUGUUGGGGGUAGCUAUGUUCAAAAGGUUGAGUAUGAGGACAUGCCACAAUACUGCUAUCACUGUAAGUGUUUUGGUCAUGACCCCUUUAACUGCUCAGUUCUUCAUGAGAUCAACAAGAGGAGAUUCAAUAAAGAACAAAAAUCAAAAGAGAGGGCUAGGGUUGAAACCCUCAAAACUAUAAUGCUUACAGAAGCACAAGUAAUAACUGGAAGGCAACACCAACCACAGAAGGGAAAGGAUAAUGGGAAAGAUGAUGAGAACAACACUAUGGAAAACAAAGGGAAGGAAAAGGAUACCUCUGGUGGUGUGGCCCAUAACCCAAAUGAUCCUGGCCCAUCCUUCACUGCCCACGCUGAGGAUGAUGGCUUCACACAAGUAGGAGGUGGCAAGGGCAAACUUACAACACACCCUAUCAGGGAUGGAAAGCAGAGAACUGGAUACAACAAAGGGGGAGGUCAAACUGGAGGAUAUAGAGGUGAUCUCAGUGGCCCUUGGGCUAUCAUGGGGGAUUUCAACGCAGUUAUCAGCUCCACUGAAAGAGUGAACUGCCAAACCCAGAGUGCUUACUACAUGACAGAUCUCAGACAGUUCAGAAUCAACAAUGCCCUCAAUGAUGCUAACUCAUCAGGGCUGAAAUUUACUUGGAACAAAGGUUAUAAAUGGGCCAAACUUGACAGAGUUCUGAUCAAUGAUGAAUGGGAGAAUAUGCAAUGGGAUUGUUGGGCUGAGUUUAGAGAGAUGGAGGUUAUCUUUGACCAUUGUUUAGUGGUACUGAAGCUUAUGAAUAUUCAGAACCAAGGCACAAGGCCUUUUAAGUUUUACAACAUGUGGCUCAAGCAUGAUGAUUUUGAUACGGUGAUCAGGGAUAAUUGGGAUCAAAGGAUCAAUGGCACAAGGCAAUACAGAUUAUGUGUCAAACUCAAAAAACUGAAACAACCUCUGAGGCUUCUGAAUAAGUUACACUUUGGCCAUAUUUCUCAGAGAGCUGAAUCUGCUAGAAAGGAGUACAGCCAUCUCAUGCAGAAGCUGAUCCUGGAACCUGACAACCCUUCCCUUCUGUCUAAGAGUGUGGAACUCUGAAAUAAAGCAAGUUUCUUCAU